UCUCUCCCCCAGAUAAAAAGAUUAUUUAAUAUUUUUCAUUGCUAUUCGGAUUUUAAAAUUUGGACUGGACACAAAUAUACCAGACACAGUGUCCAACAAUGUACACCAAAAAAACAAAACAAAAAGAGGGCACUGCCUUACAUGAGCUACAUAAGCACAUGAGAUGGUAAAGGGUAUGGUUUUUUAGUCAUUAUGGUCUGAAACAGGUUAUAGAUUUUGACCAUUAUGGUCUUGAAUAGGGUACACUGUGCAUGUUUUGCACACUAAACUGGAAUAAAGUUUAAUUGAAACUACUUUCCACACCAUUAACUUGAUGAGAAAUAUUCAAAUGAAGGGAAGGUGCCAAGCAAGUCUGGACAAAAUGUACAGUACCGCUCAAAAGUAAGUUACCACCGUCUCACGAGAAGCAUCUCAUUUCUUGCGAGACUCAUCUCGAAAGAAACGAGACAAGUCUCGAGAGAAACGAGACGUGUCUCAUUUCUUGUGAGUGCACUGGAAGUACCAAUACUUCACAUCCGUUGGUAUUCAAAACCUGUUUUGUGUAGAAGACGUCUGUAUGGUAUUGUAUCAAUUAGCGCAGUAGACACGAUUUUCGUUCUCAUCAGCAAUGCAUGUGUACCAUGUGUGUAUUAUAAAUUCUCAAGUGUCCAAUAAUGUUUCAUAUACAUCGGCCAAACUGUUUUUAUUCCAGCCACACUUGCUUAACGUUUCAUUUUUGUAAAUACAUGCAUGAUAAAAGUUGAAGGUACCUGAGUUGUCGGCAACAGUCACUCAUGUUUACAAAUAUGUUUUACAGUUGUAUCGAUUCUCUCAUUGUAUAGAUCUUAAAACAACGUUUGUUUGCAACCCUAAACAUGAUUCAUACAGUUGAUAAUCAAAAUGUAGUGCUCAUCAAACAGCAUAUAGAGUUUUGUCACCUGAUCUACAUGCAAGUUAAAGCCACGAUCACAAUCACUAGAGACCUUAAGCAAACACUGGAGGCAGUAAGGUGGACGCUAACAGGAAGUAAAAUUUCCCGCUCUCGAUCUAAUUAGCAUAAUCACGUGGAGUGUUGCCCGCAUCUUCCAACAGUGGCGGCGACGAGAAAGGUAGGUUUGGCCGCCUCGAGAGACGGUCACUUUAUUUUCUGAUUUGUAGCACCUAAAAUACACGGAAACUCUUCUAUAAAGCCAAAAAAUGUUUUUUUGACACUUCUCUUUGUAUUCUAUUUGCAAAUAUUUGAUAUUUCAUCUGCUUUACAGCGAAAAUCUCACCUCACAUUGGAGGUGUGAGUGAAGAAGAAAGAUGGCAAGCGAAGGACAGAAAAGCAAAAGAAAUGGCUCGAUCAUGGAAUGGACAGAAGCACAUGAUUUGAUCCUAGCGAAGGAAGUCAGAGCUUCAGAACCAUGGAUCUCCAAACCAAGGACUGUAGAUCGAGGAAAAGUAUGGAAUGCCAUCACGGAUCGUCUGAAUGACGAAACCCCCGUGAAGUUUCAGGUGAAGAAGAAAAACGUACAGAAACAUUUCAAACUACUACUGGACAAAUUCAAGGCGAAACAAAAACAUCAGGCGAAACCGAGUGGAGCUGACAUCAAAGAUAGCGAGAUGGAUAUUCUGAUGGAAGAAAUAUCAGAAAAAUGGGAAGAGGCAGAGGCCAGUGAUCUUGGUUGCACUAGUAAAGAAAAGGCCGAUUCAGUCUUCGUAAGGAAAGUCAGGAUUUUUCAACGUGUGUAGAUCCCUCAACAAUAGAAAUUCAUCCUCGUCUAUGAUGUCCUCAAACCAUGCAACAGCUAGAAGGUCUCGGACUUCUCGAAAAGUUGCCAUUAUGCCCAUAAAAUCCAUGAACAAAGUCAAAUUGGACCACUGAAAACGAAAGCAAAACAGCUGUUGCUUGCCACCACUUUUACAAAAGCUUAAUAUUCUAAUUUUGUGCCAAGAGGAGGCAGUCUCAACCCAACUCCCGCAUGGCCAUCGCCCCUCCACCUAACUGCCUUAAGUGUUUACUUAAGGUCUCUACUAAGUCAACACAGCAGCACCGCCUAUGUUUUGUCAACUAUCGCUCCCGACUGAUUUGUCGGGAAACUUGACUAACUUUUUAUUCAAAGAUUGUGACCUGUGAAACAACGCUAAGUGAUUCCUUGAAUAACUUAAUAUUCAAACUUGUGAACACAUGCUUAGCACAUGACGCCUCGAUUAACUUUUUAUUCAAAGGUUGUGAACACACGAAACCACGCUUUGAUCUUAAAUCACUUCCCUUCACAUUCGAAUAACUUAUUUAUUUAAACUUGUGAACGCUCGCUUUACACAUGAAAUCUUGACUAACUUUUUAUUCACACUUGUAAACAUGCGACACCACACUUUGAUCGUAAAACCUCAAAUAACAUUUUAUGGAGUUAUUUUUUGUAAAAAAAAUACCUCUUAGUCGGCGCGUCGGGUAUGUUUUGGAC